GGCAUCCCUUAUGCCUCCCGCGUCAUCACGCGCGGUCAGCGCUGAGGCUCCUGGGAGCUCCCGGGGACGCGGGGCCCGCGGUGACUGACAAACACCAGCGCAGUGUUCCGAGGCGGCGGCGACACUUCCGGGGGCGGGGCCAUGUCCACCUUGCGAGCGCUGCGGGCCGUGCUCUGCGUCUACGCCGUGGGCAUCGCGGUGGCGCUGGCGCAGCUUCUGCGCAGGCUCCGCGGCGACUUCCGGCCGCCGGUUCUUCCCCCCCAGCCGGGCCGUGUGGCCAUCGUGACAGGGGCGACAGCUGGCAUCGGGCGUAGCACCGCGAGGCAGCUGGCGCGGCUGGGCAUGUGCGUGGUCGUGGCCGGCAAUGACGAGCACUGCGGACAGGAAGUUGUCAGCUCCAUCCGGGCCGAGAUGGGGAGCGACCGAGCGCACUUCUUGCCCCUGGACCUCGCCUCCCUGGCCUCCGUCCGAGGCUUCGCCCGCGACUUCCGGGCGCUGGGACUCCCCCUGCACCUGCUCGUCAACAACGCGGGCGUGAUGCUGGAGCCGCGGGCUGAGACUGAGGACGGCUUCGAGCGCCACCUGGGUGUGAACUUCCUGGGCCACUUCCUGCUGACGCUGCUGCUCCUCCCCGCCUUGCGCGCGUCAGGGGCCGAGGGGCGGGGCUCGCGUGUCGUCACCGUGGGGUCGGCCACACACUACGUGGGCACCGUGGACAUGGCCGACCUUCACGGGCGCCACGCCUACUCCCCGUACGCAGCCUACGCGCAGAGCAAGCUCGCCCUCGCCCUGUUCGCCCUACAGCUGCAGCGCAUCCUGGACGCCCGCGGUGACCCUGUGACCUCCAACAUGGCCGACCCCGGCGUGGUCGACACCGAGCUGUACCGGCACGCGGGGUGGGUCUUGCGCACGGUGAAGCGGUUCCUCGGGUGGCUCGUUUUCAAGAGCCCGGAGGAGGGCGCGUGGACGUUGGUGUACGCGGCGGCCGCCCCGGAGCUAGAAGGUGUCGGAGGUCGCUACCUGCGUGACGAGGCCGAGGCAGAGCCGCUGGGGACCGCGCGGGACCAGGAGCUGCAGCGGCGGCUGUGGGCCGAGGGCCUCAGGCUGACGGGCGCGGGGGGCGGGGACAGCGAUGGCGUGGCGUGGUGACGGCGUCAGUGUGGGGUGGGCGGGUCCCGGAGUUGAGAAAUAAACAACGUGUCCAUGCCCCUGCCUCAGCUCACAACUGUGUGUGUGUGGGAGGGGGGUGAGGGUGGACGGGCUCUCCUCACCACUUCCUGUCUGACUCCAUGUGACCUCUGUGAACUCGAUGACCUCUGUGGCCUCUGGUGACCUCAGAUGACCCCAAGUUGCCCAGCCUGAACCAUCUUGACGCCAAUGACCUCUGUGACCUUUCAUGACCCCAGAUGACCCCCAAAUGGCUCCAAGUGGCCUCAGGGAACCACAUAACCCCUGUGACCUCACCUUGACCUCAGUGACUUCCUGUGACCACGGUGACCCCCACCUGACCCCCAUAUUCCAACCUUAGCCACUUUUUGGCCGCUGUGACGCCUGUGACCUCGUGUGACCCUAGAUGACCCCACGUGACCUCAGUCACCCGCCUUGAGCCAGCUUGACCCCGGUGACCUCUCUGACCUGCCAUGACCCCUGACCUGCCGUGACGCCGGAUGACUCUACUUGACCUCGGUGACCCUGCGUGACCCCUAGGAUCGGACCUCACACAGCCGAGGUUUUACCCAACAGACUGGCACCGUGAAUGACUCGUCCUCGUGUCCUUCGUGGUUUGACAGAGUCACCCGGGGAGCAAGCAGACGUUUAGGUGGUCGUUAAAAACGUGACUACAAAUUUAUUAUACAAUAUGCCUUUAUGAAAAUAUUAAAACGGGGGAGAGUUUCCAAAAAAUAAAAAAAUAAAAUUAAAAAAACA